GCAUAUCGCAUGCACACAAUUUUGGUGUGCAUGCGAUUGGGUGAUUUCACCCAAUUGGGUGAUUUCAAGUUCAGUGUUGACCUUUUGGUGUUGGUGUUAGGUCAAUUUUUACAUGAGUAUAACACCAAACAUAAAAUGAAGAUGGUCCUGAAAAGUCACUCACUGGUUAUUGAGAUGUCAAUUAUGUGAUCUGGAUCAGUUUUACAAACUCAGAAUAGGUUUUGGAGCUAGGAGAAGCAAUCAAAAUUCCAACACUAACACCAACACCAACGCCAACACCGGAGGCAAAAUUUAUCCCCUUACCUUUCGUGUAAUCGGCCCGUAGUCUGAUACUGCUACAGUAUACGGCGCUCAUCGACAUCGAUGAAAAUCGAGUUGGUAGACACGGUUUGAUGAGCCAUCAAUCAUGUCAUCUAUCUUUGAUCAGUAUGAGCAGGCUACUGCACGGGCUGCAUCCAGUAUCCCUCAUCCUUUACCCAAAGAGUCUGCUCCGAUCUCAUCAGGUUAUGUCUCUGCAUCUUUGGAGGAAGAUGUCCGCAUUUUCACAAGGAACAGGAUCAAUUUCCAGCCUCCUAAAGCUAUAACCCACAUGGUGGUAAACAACAAUAUCUUGAUUAUUGCAAUGAAAGAUCAUCAGUUACUGAGGAUUGAUAGGGAACAUCCAGAACAACCUGAUGAGGUCAAAGUAGGAGACGAUCCUGUUCAUCAUCUGUUCCUAGAUCCCACAGGGCGUCAUCUGCUGAUCAGCACCGAAGCACAAGAAGUCUUCUAUCUCUCUAGGAAUAGCAAGAAAUGCAAGAAUCUAACCAAGUUCAAGGGUCAUUUGAUUGACUCAGUUGGUUGGAACAAGUCGAACACGAGUGAUACAUCAACCUCUGAAAUUCUUCUAGGCACAAGUCAAGGUUUGAUAUAUGAAGCUGAAAUCCAAGCUGGAGAGGAUAGUCGAUUCUUUCAACAGAGCUUAGAUCAGUAUUUCAAACAGGUGUUUAGUCUUGGUAAAGAAGGUACCGUCCCGGUGACAGCGAUUGAAGUAGAACGUAUACCAUCUUCUAAAGCAGGAGAGAAGGCGAGAUUCUUUGUCAUGGCAACCACACCAGGACGAUUGUACCAGUUCGUUGGGACCGUUCCAGCUCAAGCAGAUACGCCCAUCUUUUUAAAUGUCUUUCAGAAGUACGAGGACAUCACACCAAGUUUCUUGGAGUUACCAGGCAACUUUGGAUACAGUAAGCUUGAGCAGUACUGCCCUAAGGCUCGAGGAUUACCCAAGACGUUUGCUUGGAUGACAGGUCCUGGAGUUUACUUUGGUAGUUUUGACUUCAAUAGCCAGUCUAGAGACAAUCUUACCUGUGACAGUCAUCUAUUGCCAUACCCAACGAGAGAUCAAGAGAGCUUUGUCAGACCUAUCUCAGUGGUCCUUACUGAAUUCCAUGUUCUACUACUCUUCCAAGACAGAAUAAAGAUCCUGUGUGUCUUGAAUGAACAACUCAUUGAUGAAGACAUUUUCACUCAGCCUAGGUCGGGUCGUCUCAUGGGGCUAUGCAGAGAUAGAAUCAAGGGUGCAAUAUGGCUGUACACAGACCAAUCAGUCUUCAUGUAUAAGAUUGUCAGAGAAGCGAGAGAUGUGUGGAGGAUAUAUCUGGAUAAGGGUGACUUUGAUCGUGCUAAAGAGUUUGUCCAGGAUAACCCUGCACACCUAGACCAAGUCAUGAGCAGACAAGCUGAACACUUCUUUGACAUUCAAAAGUAUGAGAAAAGUGCCAUGUAUUAUGCCAUGACUGAGAAGUCCUUUGAAGAGAUAUCUCUGAAGUUCAUUGAAGCAAAGCAGACUGAUGCUCUCAAAGUCUUCCUUAUGAAGAAGCUUGGAGCACUCAAGACUGAGGAUAAGACCCAGUUGACAAUGUUAGUAAUGUGGCUGAUAGAACUCAAUCUCAAUCAGUUAGGAGCAGCACGAGGUAAAGCUGAUCAGCAAACAAGGUUCAAAGAACAACAAGUUGAAUUCCAGAAAUUCCUGGCUACCACCAGGGUCAAGGAUUGUCUGAGCAGCAAUGUAAACACAGUGUAUGAUCUGAUUGCUAGUCAUGGUGAUGUAGAGAAUAUGGUCUACUUUGCAAUGCUCAUGCAAGAUUACGAGAGAGUGAUCCGGCAUCACAUUCAGAACGAGGACUAUACUGCGGUGCUUGGAGUCCUGAGGAAACCGACCAACAGUGCAGCUCUCUUCUACAAGUUCUCACCGGUCCUGAUGCAACACAUCCCAAAUGACCUGGUUUCGGCAUGGCUUGAGCAAGGGAAGGCAUUGGAAGCAAAGAAACUCAUCCCAUCCUUGGUACAGUGCGACAGUGGACCAUCAGAGAAGCAGGUCCUGGAGGCUAUCCGUUAUCUUGAGUUCUGUAUCAAGAAGCUUGGAAACAAAGAACAAGCCAUUCACAACUAUCUCUUGUCUCUCUACUGUCAACAUCAACCAUCAAACCUGAUGGGUUACUUGGCUGCUCAAGGAGAGAUUGCUGAUAAUGUGAACUAUGACGUGAAGUAUGCAUUGAGGCUGUGUGCUGAACGUAAGCAUUUCAAGGCCUGUGUUCACAUUUACACUACAAUGGGUCUCUAUGAGGAAGCUGUAGAUUUAGCAUUGCAGGUUGAUGUAGACUUGGCUAAACAAAGCGCUGAGAAGCCUGAAGACGAUGAAGCUCUGAGACGCAAACUGUGGCUGCGCAUUGCCAAACACGUCGUCUCUGAGAAGAAUGAUAUCAAGAAAGCCAUGGCUGUGCUUCAUGAAUGUCCUCUGCUGAAGAUUGAGGAUAUCCUACCCUUCUUCCCAGACUUUGUAACCAUCGACCAUUUCAAGGAUGCCAUCUGUAGUUCUCUGGCUGAUUACAAUCAGCAUAUAGAAGCAUUGAAAGCUGAUAUGGAGGAUGCAUCAGAGAGUGCAAAGGCAUUGAGAGCUGACAUCCAAGAGACAAGGAACAAGUAUGGUAUUGUGAGCGGUCAGCAAAAGUGUGCCUCCUGUACCUACCCCCUCCUAACCAGAUCGUUUUAUCUCUUCCCUUGUGAGCAUAUGUUCCAUUCAGACUGUCUUAUCACAGAGGUCCAACCUCAUCUGACACCAUCCAAGAGAAUACGCAUCAGUGAGAUCCAAUCACAGCUCACCACCCUACACGGACAGCGCCCUCAGAGUUCAGCGGCAUCUACGGAGGGCGCCACCAAGAGGGAGGAGAUAGACAGGUUACGGAAUGAACUUGAUGAUAUCGUAGCUGCAGAGUGUGUAUACUGUGGAGAGAUCAUGAUCAGGUCUAUUGAUAAGCCGUUCAUAGACCAUGAUGAAUACGAAGCCGUCAUCAAGAGCUGGGAAUGAAUCACCAUGGAAACUAAUAAACAAAUCUCUUCAAAUAUGCUGUUACAUUACCAGAUUGUUUGUUUGACUUGCACAUAUCCUACAUGUCAAAACAGCUUUUAUUACGCAUCCUUUUUUUUAUUUGCAUUUCUUCAUGCAUGUAAUAUCUUUCCAGCUGGAUUUAUUAAAAACAUCCUUGAAUAUUACAAAAUAAGGAAUUCUAUUUUAUUCCAUCUAGAUUUGUGAUUUCUUUUUUUUGUAAGAUCAAAACAAAAAUACAUUUAUAUAAUAUCAUUCUUGAGAAGUGACUGAUGGAGUUAGAUUAUAUAUCUUUAUUUUAUAUGUAUUUAUUUUCCAGUAUUUCUCAUACAUUCACUACUGUCUUUUGAAAUUUCUGCUGCUUACAAAAUGAAGAUCUUUUGUUGGUGAGUUGGUGUAAUGGAUAUUUGACUUCUCUGUCAACCAGGGCCUGUAGCACAAAGUUUAGCUAUUGAUUAUAAAGUUGAUUUGUGUGCUUGAUUGCUGAUAAUGAUCAAUGUAAUCAGGCAUUAAAAUCAGCACUAAGAUCAAUCACUUAGGCCCCCAUUCCGCAGAAGGGAGACCUUUGAUGGACCUUUGAAAAAUAAAAAUUGGCAAGGUCUUACAGCAGUCUCCAAGAUCACUGUAAUUUGUCAUCUCUGUGGAAUGGCUCCAAUAGACCUCUCAAAGAAAUCCAAAAGACUGGCUUACACUUCUUACUUGACCAGUCCUAUAGAGAUUUUUCAAUUGUCAUUCAGAGAUCUUUUAUGCAACAAGUGAUCUUUCAGAAUUCUUUCCAUGGACUUUUUCAAGGAUCUCUCAAGAGUCUUUCAGUGAUCUCUGCAAAAAUCUUGAGAGACUGUCAAAAGAUCAUGGAAAGACUAUAAAGUUCAUCAAGAGUUCAUUGCAAGACUGCUGAAAGACCAUUUUCCUGAAAGACUGUUCUGAACAAUUUCAAGAAGUUUUGGAGGUCAUGGAGACCACAAAGACCACUGAAAGAUCAAUCAGGAAUCGUGAAAGAUGUUUGAAAGUUCAUUGAAGGACCCUUGAAAGAUCAAGCAAGUUUCAUGGUCUUAGAGCCGUCUUUCAGAGGUCUUGCUGUCUGUGGAAUAGGGGUUAUAUGGUUUGUGUUACAGGGUUCUGAAAUGAAAAUGACUUCAAAAUAAUGAAUGGAAUAGAAGAUGAUAGCAUGGAUCAUUAUUUGAAAUUAAAUCUGUGUUUGAUGUUUUAAUGUGAUUGAAAAUGAGCUGAAAUCUCCAUAAAAGACAUUUGCAUUUUUUUAAUCAUGAAAUGAUAGAAAAAAAAGGAAAAGAAGCAUUUUACAGUCAGUAUUGUCAUCCCUGAAUUAAAUGGUACACAUUCAUGGAACAUGAGAUUUAGUGUUUAAUUCUAUUUUCCAUGAUUUCAAAUCAAGUAGAUUGGAGAAAUUCUUGAAAAAAUCUGACAAAGGAUAAGAAAUUAUACAUUUCAAAGAGUUUAAACAAACUUAAAAAGUUUAGUCACUACGCCUGUGGGGAUUUCAAAUUGGCUGCAAAGAUUACAUCAUUGUGAUGCAUGGUAAGAACUAGUCAGGAGAGCUUCUCUAUUUUAGUCAAAUACCAAAAAUUUACCAAACUGUAAUCUUUUCAAAACUUAUUCUCAGUUACGUCUUUUUUUUUUGAGAGGGCAUAAUGGAAGUGCUAUCUAUGCUAUAUUUUUAUUGCUAACCCUGGGGAAAAAGUUGUUUGCAGAAAACAAUUUUGUUAUAAUUCAUAUAUCAUGAAUGGGAGAUUCGUUCUUGCCUAUUAGUAUUCAAUAAUACUAAAUAGGUUCAUUAUUGCGGAAUGAAAUAAUCGCUAGAGGGUAUGCAUUUGUCUCGCAAUCUACUAUGGUCAACAAGGAAAUUCGUGAUCACUCUCGCAAAAAGUGUUCACUAGCUUUCUAGGAAAUUCGUGAUCACUCUCGCAAAAAGUGUUCACUAGCUUACAAGUUCACGAGCUUUCGAGUGCCGCUGCAACUCUUUAUCAAGUGACGAAAAUUAUCUGAUACGGUAGUCAAUUUAUACCAAUCCCCAGGACCGUACGCACGAACGCAGGAACAAUAGGUGGGCACUGAUCCGUUAUGUGAUUGGUUGGGCGUAUAUGCAAAUACGCCGCGAGUCGGCAAUAUGCAAAUAAGACAAAAUUGGCGGGCUCGCUAGUUUCCCGUGGGUGGGGGUUGACUAGCUGAGCGGUCCCUCGCUCGGUCGGGUCGGCGUUCACUGCCAGGUAAGGGGGUAUUGUGCUGUCGGAUGGUUCGCAUCCAGAAAUUGGGGAUGUCGAUCCCACUGUCUCUGUUGAAGUUGAAUGAAUACCCUCUAGCGAUUAGUAUUCAAUAAUUUUGCAAUUUUGCGAUUUACAUAGCAUUAGUGAUCUAAUUUUUGAAGCAGCUAUAACAUCAUUAUUCAUGGCCCAAUUUCUUUCAAAAUUUUUUGUUUUCUUAUCCCCCUUUAAAAUCAAUCUGAUGCCAUACCAUUACAUUUGAAUGAGAUCAACAUUAUAUUCAAUGAAAUAUACAUCGAAUUGAAUUUAAAAGAGAUGUAUCGAAUUGAAUUUAAAAAGAUGUCAGAUUUUGGGGGCUUGUUUGUAACUCUUUAUUGCAAUAUGUUGACACCAUCACCAACAAUAAGUUACGACAGGAAAACUUUUGAACACUAUCUCCUUGACAUCUCCAAAUAAGUGUAGCCAAAUAUGAAACUCUUCACUGUCCUGUAAGCCUAAUGCUUCAAACAACCCUGUGUUGAAUUAUUCUAUCCCAAAUAUUACAUUGUACAAUUGACUUUGUAGAAUACAACUACUAUGUAUAUUGAUAAGAUUAUGUAUAUGAAUUUUUAUAAGUGCAUUAUUAUUUUUUUUCAAAUAUAUUUCCUGUAUCAUGAAA